AUGCUCCUCAACUUGCUGACUCUGGGCCUCUGGUCAAAGAUUGGACGUUUGACUCAUUACGCAUUCGAUGCGGUGCUCUUCUCCGCCUUCCUCGCGGGUAUGCAGCGCUCGACCGGCCUGACACCCAGUUUCAAGACGGACAGAGCUGCCGGCGAAAACAAGGACAUGACGAAGUGGAUCGAGAAGUAUCUCGGUGUCGGCGAGUGGGUGAUGGAUCAGUCGGUCGCAAUUGCCGGCUCCAGCGGUUGGUUCGAACGCAGGCGAUAA